AUGAGUCCUGAAGCUUUUCCUGGGGAUUUAUUUUCUUCAACAGAGCAAGCGGAAUCGACUCUUGUCAAGCGAGAAGGUUUACUUGGUCUUGGAUUGGACGUAGGUCUCAAUCUUGGAGGUGAUAAAAAAUCUGAAAGUCGUACUUCAAGAGGUACCACACCAACUCCUCAGCCAAUAUCUAAGACGCCCAUCGCUACUUCAAAUCUUCAAUCCCCAUCUCCAACUGGCCCUCCAGCCACUGGAGCUAAAUCCGAACCACCAGGCAAGGUCAGUCCUGGAACCAAAGCUCCUGGCGCACCAACCAAUGGUGAAGCACCCUCAGUAAUCACUGCGGCCAAUGGAGGUAGUCCAGAAGCACCAAAAAAAGCUGGGUCUAGUGACAAAAUCCCAGGUGAACCUGGUGAUUCCCAUCCAGUCAACACUCCGUCAAAUGGAGGUACACCAGAAAAGGCUCUCCCUGAUAACAAAAAUCCAGAUGCACUCACCACUAGUGAACCUCCAACAAAAACUCCAGUAGUUGGGAACAAUUCUGAUCCGCCAAGAAAGACAGGCUCCAACGAUCAAAUUGCAAUCGGACCCAGCGUUGACGCACAUCCGACCAACAAUCCGGCUCCUGUGCCACCAUCUGUGACUCCAACAACCAGUAGCACUUCGAAUACGACACGUUCAGGUGGUACCAAUCCGACUCCCAAAACAUCGCCAACACCCGCUUCCAGGCCUAUCUCAGACCCAGUCCCUCAAGGUACCCCAUCUACCACGGGUGAGGUAGGUAACUCUUCAACGCGGAUUCGUGGAAGCGAUAUACACACCCCGUUCUCUCAACCCACAAAAGUUCUUCCGCAAGCCAACUCAACCAGUGUUGAUAGCUCUCCAGUUCCAUUAGAUACUCUGCGACCUGGAAUCUCAAAAACUCCGAAAUCUUCACACAAGUCUUCGAGCUCGCAAAACGAAUUCACUACGACAUUAAAGAUUGUAUUACCUAUCGUAGGUGGUAUUGGUGCACUUUACAUCCUAUGGACUGUCAUAAGGAAAUGGAAAUUCCGACCAAGUCGUAAGUUCGAGCAGAGAUUAGAUGGAUAUGAUGUCUUUGAACCACGUCCUCCCUCCUUUGUUGAAAAGAGCUAUGAUCGAAAUUAUCCAUCCCAUUCUGAAUUUUAUUCAAUGAAUCAUACCGAAAAUGGAUCGAGCGCUGGUCACUCAGAUUACUAUAACGAUGGAGUUCAAGGGAGCGGUAGUGGUCAUACUCCUAUUGAACUUGUCUACCCAACUAUGAAGGAUGGGUAUGAGUAUAAUCGAUAUUCUCCGCAAAGAACUUUUACACUUCCUGGGUCAAGCUCACCUAGACAAGAUCCAGCCAAUGAUUAUUUAACUCAACAGCAGGCUUAUGCAGAUUUACAUGCAACGCUUCAGUUGCCGCCUCCGGUAUUUGUGUCAGACUCGCAUAUACCUUCUUGGUAUGAAAUGGGAGUGGACCCACAGCCCGUUAAACAAUGA